CUACCCCUCUCCUAAAAUUCGGAGUCACGGGGGAGUGACUUAGUGGCAAUUGUCGCCGAGGUUGUUGCGUUGCGUGGAUCGCCGGGAUUGCAGCGAAGAUGAUGUCCUACAUAAAACAACCCCACUACACCAUGAACGGCUUAAAUUUGCCCGGCCCGGGGAUGGACGUGCUGCACACAACUGUCGCUUAUCCGUCCACACCCAGGAAGCAGCGAAGGGAACGGACCACCUUCACGAGAACGCAGCUGGACAUCCUGGAGGCCCUCUUCUCCAAAACCCGCUACCCGGACAUCUUCAUGAGGGAGGAAGUGGCCCUCAAAAUCAACCUGCCAGAGUCACGUGUGCAGGUGUGGUUUAAGAACCGACGCGCCAAGUGCCGUCAGCAGCAGCAACAGAGCAGUGGCCAGUCCAAACCUCGCCCCCCAAAGAAGAAGGCUUCCCCAGCGCAGGAGCCCAGCGCCCCCGAUCCCGUUUCAAACCCUUCCGGCUCGUUCAGCCCCUCGCCAGCCCAGUCGGGCGCCGGUCUGGUACAGAGCUCCAGUACCGGAAACACGGCCGUGUCCAUCUGGAGCCCGGCCAUCUCCCCCCUCCCUGACCCCCUGGCCUCCUCCACAGCUCCCUGCAUGCAGCGGCCCUCACCUUACCCGAUGAGCUACGGCCAGCCGUCGGCGUACGCCCAAGGAUACGCCAGCACCACCUCCUAUUUUACAGGCCUGGACUGCGGCGCAUACCUGUCCCCCAUGCACUCGCAGCUGUCGGGCACCGGGGGCGCUCUCAGCCCCAUCACCGUGCCCUCCAUGGGGGGCUCCCUCAGCCAGUCGCCCGCCUCGCUGUCUUCACAAGGCUACAGCACCGCCUCCUCCCUGGGCUUCACCUCGGUGGACUGCCUGGACUACAAGGACCAGCAGGCCUGGAAACUGGGAUUCACUACGAUGGACUGCCUGGAUCACAAGGACCAAAACUCCUGGAAGUUCCAGGUCCUCUAGAGAGAGUCACAGGGCUGCGUCGAAGUUGAUUAGUGUCAGGCGUGCUAUGGACGCUCUUUUUUUUUGUUGUUGUUGCUAUUGUUGUUUCUUCAAAGAGUUAUUGACGUUGUCAAAUGUUUGACAACUGCCAGUCAUUGAAAUGCUCAAAUCAGUGAAAUGAUUUGAUUUUCAAAAGGAAACUCGGUGCAUUUUCCAUGAUUGAUCAAAUUUUAUGCAAAUGACCCUUAAAGAGUUUCUAGGAAACAGAGCUCCACGUGUAAAAAAAAAAGAAAACACUGAGAGCCCCUCCCCCCAUCUUCUCGUACUUUCCACGACGACUGGUGAUCUGAAAACGUCUCGACUUUCAAGUUUUCUUUUGGAUUUGUUUCUUUCGUUCUAUGUCAUUUGUUCGCAUCUAUGUAUUCUCGAGCGUGCGUAUUCAGUUCCACAGUGUUUGCGUUUAGUGUCGUCAUCCGAUGCAGUUUGACGGAUGACAAUUAGGACCUUGUUUUUAGUUGCGUGUCAUAUUAAAGUGGUCUAUUCUGUUUCACUGAUACUAUUUAUUUUGCCGAGUCUCUGAGUUGAUUCCAGAUAUAGCUCGAGGUCAGUCAGUAAGAACACAUGGCUGAGUGAUCCUGUUCCGCUCAGGUCCAAAGCGUCACGUUCGUCACUUCCUUGGUUCGUCUUGGGUUAUUUUAGUUGAUCUGAUUCUGGCAGCGUCCCGAUCCUCUUAGCCUCUCUCCGGCUAUGUCCUAAGUGAAUUAGUUGGGAUUAUUGGCCCAUCCUCCUCUCUUUCUGUCUCUCACCCAUCGCCGUCGUUCCUUCUUUCUUUUUGGUUCUCAUCCGUGUGCCCUUUAUUCUAUCGGCAUGCAAAGGAGCACGCGACGCUAGGUUGACGGCCCUUGAAAAAGCAAUUGUCGACGGGGGGUGCGGUUGUGGGGUGGCCAAAAAUGCCCCGUGAGGAGGUCCCGCCCGCGCCGCUGCUUCCGUAACAGGAUGACUUUCAUGCGUUCCAGAAAACAAAAUUCCUUUUUACGAAGGCCCACACGUUUGGAAAAUAUCGCUCUUCUUCCAUCCCAUGCCGCACUGCUCCUCUGACAAAUUCGUAAUCCCGACAUGACCUGAUUACUGCCACGCGAGCGUCGAAUAUACCCAACAACGUCUCUUACAUGUUGAUAACAACCAGCCGUCCAAAUCCUGCAGUUGUAGCCAUCCUGUGACCCGUAUUGCACUCAAUUUGACGUGUUUCAUUGAUUUUGGAUUUCAUUUUAUCGUUUAGACGCGUGGAGGAGUUCUUGAUUUCAUUUGUGGAUUGAAGAAAUCCAUCCAUCUAUUUUCCGUACCGCUUAGCCUCACUGAGGUCACGGGUUAUGCUGGAGCCAAGGUAUGA